AUGACUUCCACCAAGAAUCCCGAUGGCCCGGAGGACGUCAAUGAUUUCCUCAUGCGCAUCCGGGAGCUUGGCGAGCGCCGCGACAAGGAAGACGAUGAGCGCACCAAAAGAUUGGAGAAUGAGAUCUUACAAGGCCGAAAAGAAAGACAGGCCCGUCGAGCUGACCCCGCGCUGUGUUGCCAUGAUGGCCCACCGCUUGAGAAGAUGUUGGCUGACCCGCGGCGACUCCCAGAACGAGCACGAUCCAUUGCCGGUUCGCCUACCUUGAAUCCCGCUCGUUUGAGCGCGUCGUCAUCCAUCGGUCAACCUUCCAUCGACCCGCCGGAGCACCUCGAGCCGACGGUACAGACCCCGGUCCCCGAAUCAACCGAAGACCGCAAACCAAGCAUCGAUACAGAGGCGUUGUAUAGGGCGGAUUCCAGGAGAGGGUCGCUUCAGGAUACAGAAUUGGAAUCUCCGCGAACCUUGCCCCCACUGUCGAGAAGUCGCGCGGGGACACUGUCCUGGCAGCAACGUCCGUCUUCUCGUGACUCAUGGAAUCUUGGAAACCGAUCACCUGGCUCGACAUCACCAACACGUUCUAGUCACUUGCGAAAUGCGUCUACGGCCGAAAAUGAUAAUCAAAUGUCGCGUUCCUCCAUCGCCCUCUCACUUGGCUCGAAAGACCCUUCGUGGUUUCGUCAGACUCCGGACCGAGGAUUUGGCUCGCCCGCUUACCGGAAACCGGAAGAGCGAUCUGAUAGCCAGGUGGAUUUGGGAACAAGUCGUCAGCUACCCGGUAUGAGCCGUGAGUCGACUGUUGAGCCGGAGAAGAUCGAGAAGCCCGAGGAAAAAACGCCCUCGCCCCCACCAUCAGCCUCAACUGUUGGAGAGACCAACGCGAGCAAUCGUUAUUCAAGUGUCUCAUCUAUUUCCCCACCCACAGGAUUGGGAUCGCCAGUGCAAGCAACGGAUGGACCAAAACUAGAGCCAUCACACAUCGAGUCCUCGGUAGAUGAACCAAUGCUGCCCCCGUCCCCAACCCAACGCCGAAUGUCGCCGGAGCGUACUCGGUCAACAUCACCUACAAAGGGCCUCGGUGGAUUUGUACAAAGUGCUAUGAUGCGUCGAUCAGAUAGUGUAUCCAAGCGCUGGAGUGCCCAAAUUCCACAGGGUCUGAGUCGGAGUAACUCUAUCGUCAGCAAUCGUAACAGUGUUGCGGCUCCUAGCUUGACAGCCAGUGUCAGCGAUAUGACACCCACAACAAGCUCCCGAGCCAAUCGAGAUAUUUCUCCCAUGCCCACGGAACGCCCUGGUUCGAGCUACAGCGAAGCCUCCGUCCAGCCUUCAGAAACAACCGAGAGACCUAAAACUCCGUCUUUCACUGGAAACAACGACGGAAUGCGUUCUGAGGGGAGCCCCACUAGACCCUCUUGGUAUGGACAUACUAGAUCUACAAGCUCUAUUACUGCAGAGAGCCCCGCUGGCGAUGCUCCAUCAAGCCCCUUCACUUCAAGAACCAUGGACCCCAAGCGCUGGAGCCCUACCAAAGCCAGCUGGCUUGAAAGUGCACUCAAUAGGCCCGAUACUCGACAGCAAAAGCCGCCGCCGCCGCAGCAGCCCUCGUGGGCCCAGGCGCGUCAGUCCAGAGGCAGCGUAGAUAUGGGACGCGUUAGUGCCUUUAAAGAAGUCACUCCAGUGGGCUUGAUGCGAACACCCCCACCAGGCGGCCACUUCAAGAAGCCUAGCAUUUCUGGAACCUCGUCGGCGCUUGGUAGCCCCACUGCACCCAAGAGGACAACACUGUUGGAUAUGGCGCCACCUGUCACAGAAUCCGAGAGACCGUCUACGAAUACUACAUCAGAGAAAGCGCCCGAGCCCGAGCCUCAGCCCGACUUGGAGGCCGGAUAUAAGUCUGAGCCUGAACCUGAGACUGAGGCAGAACCCGAACCCGAGCCAGUGCUAGACAUCAAACCACCUCUAGAGCCCGAGUCACAACCCGAGCCAGAAGUUCAGCCGGAGCUCCCUGAAGUCGAAAAUUUGGAAGAGGACUUAGAGCCCUUGGCUGUUCCAGAAGCCGAGACCCAAAAAUCCCCAUCAAAGCCAUCGUUAUCAUUGGACCUCAAGAAAAGCCCUGAAACCGACUCUAUCCGUAAACCAUCUGUUCUGAGUCCGAAGCCGAACUUUUCGCUACCCAAACGCGAGCCUCUACCACCGAAGCCUUUAACCCAGUCUCCCGUGGUUGAUUUCCGAGGAAACCUCCGCAAACGUGAUACGGGUCAAGACAAAGGGAAGCAGGCAGAGCCUGAGUUCAAGAAUGUAUUUGGAAAGCUCAAGAAGACGGAAACUCGCAACUAUGUUGCCCCAGAUGAACUGAAGAGCAACAUCCUUCGAGGUAAAUCCGCUCUUAACGUGACUGGAGGCCCGAAGAAAACUGAGCGCGUUGAUGAGUUCAGAGAAAGCCUUGUAGGCACAAAGGCAGCAAUGAAAGCUGGGGGAGGGUCGAUUCGACGAAACACGGCCGGAGAGAAGGAUGCGCCACAAAAGCCAGUGGAAGGUGUCCCUGAAGCUAUCGCAAAACGCAACAUUAUGACGAAGACGAACAGUGUCCGACGAACGAAUACCGAUCUUACUAGCCCUACGACCGCCGCAGAACCUAGCCCAUCACGAUUUUCAUAUCAGUCACCCGUAUCGCCCAUUGCACCCGAAGAGCAACUCAGCCUGAGGUCGCCCACGAAGCCUGCUCUCACUGAAUUGGAAAUUGAGGAAACACAACCCGAAUCGAAUUUAAGCCCGAUGACAGACAGAAGAGAUGCACUCGAAAUCUCGAGCCCGGUAUCCGAGACGGAACAGAAGCCUUCAAGUGAGCAAUUUAAUUCGGCUCGUAGUUCGCCAAUGCCGAAAGUCGCAGAAACCGCCAGCAUUGUAACUGCAAGCCCCGUUGUGGCUACUAAAGGGAAGCUCGCAGGAAGAAUCAACCCUGCAUUAGCUGGAAUUCUCUCCCGUGGGCCUCUAGGUGCAUCCGAGGCACCUAAGAGAGAGCUGCCUACCCCUCCUUCCGGAGAUGCCUCUUCUGCAUCACCCACUGCGCCUCUCACCCACAUGACGAAGAGCCGUGCCCGUGGCCCUAAAAGACGGGCGCCUAAGGGAGCCUCUGCCCCGUUGUCACCUGCUGAAGAUAUCAAGGAGGUUGGUGCCAUUUCAUCUCCCGAAGUCAAAAGUUCUCAGAUUAUUCCCGAGCCUGUAGCUUCUCCCGAAUCUACCUUAGGGAACGAGUCAAAAGAACGUGUGUUUCAAGAUACUGAAACCGCACAAACAGGGAGCCCUUACAUCAAGACACUCCAAGGAGUAAAAACCAGCUUCCAGAAUGCACUCAACGGCGGACUACAGCAGAGACUGAGAAGCAUGUCGCCCACAUCCCCUAAAGAGCCCAGCAGCCCUAGCUCUCAAACGGACGCAAAUUCCCCACAGGAAAUGAGAUUCCCGAGAGAUUUGAAACGAUCAAGCGGACCUCCUGUUCCACCAAAGCCCAGCGCAUCGCCUUCUCCAUCCCCAUCGCCGUCGAGUCCCACAUCGCGAUACCAGUGGGGCCAAGCUCGCUUCAUCGCAUCUUCGCCUUCUCCUCUCGGUUCCCGCUUUAAAGAGAGUCGAAGCGCUUCACCAUCAACACCUUCGAAACAGGGUAUCCCGGGAGUACUGGUUGCGGAUUCUUCACCUCAAAGCAAAAACAAUGCAUCGCCACCAGUUCCUCCCAAGCGCGCCGAUAUCUCGCUUCAGAGGCCUGUUGAUCCCCGGAAUAGACUCUCACGCAAGAUGUCCGCACCUUCGCUAGUGGCCCAGGCAGCAGAAGCCAGAGAAGUCAUUUCUGGUUUUUUCAAGAACUUUCCUAACCCACGAGAUCGCAUGGAUAUUGAUCCCCAAUUAAUGCUUGCGAACAAACAGGAGGACCCAAAGAUUCGAACUGCGAAACGCCAGAUCUGGGAAAUUACGGGAGACGGAAAGAGACAAGAAUUGCCAGUUAACCAGGAAUACGUUCUUUACGAGGGAAGCAUGUAUGUGUGCGUGCAUCUGUUCGAGGUGCAAGGCACCAACCACUCGGAAGUUUACCUUUGGUGCGGCGACGAUGUACCAGAAGCAGCACUAGAUGAUGCACAGCUAUUCGCUCGCAAGGUUGCUCGUGAACAUAGCUGCAAGCUAGAGGUCAUUCGACAGGGCAAAGAGCGUCUGCGAUUCAUUCAAGCCCUUGGUGGAAUCAUUAUUACACGCCGUGGAUCUAGCUCUCGCUCUACAUCAUCUGCCUUGUACAUGCUGUGUGGUCGCAAACACCUGGGUCAGAUGGCCUUCGAUGAGGUCGACUAUUCGCUGCGCAAUCUGUGUUCCGGAUUCCCAUUUGUGAUUUCCGCGCCCUUUGGCAAGCUUUACCUGUGGAAGGGUAAGGGCAGUGGGCCCGAGGAAACCGGUGCAGCUCGCUUGAUUAGUAUGGACCUCGGCUUAACGGGCGAGUUUGAAGAGGUCGACGAGGGCGCAGAGCCAGAAUGCUUCUUUGAUGACUUUGCAGGUUCAAAUGAAACCAAUGCUCUUUUGACUUCGGAGUAUUGGGCCCUGAAGCCGAAAUAUGAUCAUUUCCGAACUCGCCUUCUCCGUGUUGAUCAUGAACUGGGCCAGCCACCGCGUUUCUGGAUGCGGCGUCCUGGAUCAGGAUCACCGACCGUUCGCCCGAAUGACUGUGUUCAAGAAAUUGAACCGUUCUGCUACAGGGAUAUAACCGAUAAAGAUGUUUACGUUCUGGAUACUUUCUUUGAGAUCUAUGUAAUUAUCGGCGAACAAGCCUCUCAGAAGUCUGCCGAUUUCGCAUCUGCGGUGGUUCUCGCUCACGAGUAUGGUAUCCUCGCCGCCUCUCUGCAAGAUCGACCCUUUAUCCCUAAGAGCUUUGUCGCGCUCGGUGGCAUUCCCGACCGAUGCCAAAGUGCAUUCCGGAAAUGGGAUCAGAGUUCUCUCCACGCACCCUGCAUCUUUCCUCUGGAUGUGGCGAUCGAAGCGAUUCGUUCCCAGUAG